GGGGGGUCCACCGGAAGUGGAAAAGGCAUCUGAGGCAGCCCGGGAGGAGGAAGCGCGACUGUUGCGUCCAAAACGAAGAAACUUCAUCGAACCUUAAAAUGGGCAACACGAGCAGCGAACGUGCUGGAGUGGAGCGCCAAGGAGGGCAUAAGACUCCUCGGAGGGACAGCUCUGGAAAGGAAGGGGACAGGCCCAAGAUUUUGAUGGACAGUCCUGAAGAUGCUGACUUGUUCCAUGGGGAAGAAAUCAAGGCUCCCAUGGAGAAAGAAGAGUUUCUGGCUUGGCAGCAUGAUGUGGAGGUGAAUGAUAAAGCUCCCACUCAAGCCCGGCCAACUGUCUUCCGCUGGACUGGAGGAGGCAAAGAGGUUUAUUUAUCAGGCUCGUUCAACAAUUGGAGCAAACUUCCACUUACACGGAGCCACAAUAAUUUUGUAGGCAUCCUAGACCUCCCAGAAGGUGAACACCAAUACAAGUUCUAUGUGGAUGGUCAGUGGACACAUGAUCCUUCAGAGCCUGUAGUAACCAGCCAGCUGGGGACUCUCAACAAUGUUAUUCAGGUGAAGAAAACAGAUUUUGAAGUAUUUGAUGCUUUAAUGGUGGACUCCCAAAAGUGCUCUGACAUGUCUGAGCUGUCAAGUUCACCCCCCGGGCCCUAUCACCAAGAACCCUAUAUCUGUAAGCCAGAGGAGCGCUUCAAGUCCCCCCCUAUUCUUCCUCCACAUCUGCUGCAGGUUAUUCUAAACAAAGACACAGGCAUAUCGUGUGAUCCAGCUUUACUUCCGGAGCCUAACCACGUCAUGUUGAAUCACCUGUAUGCACUGUCCAUCAAGGAUGGGGUGAUGGUGCUCAGUGCCACUCACCGGUACAAGAAGAAAUACGUGACUACUUUGCUGUACAAGCCCAUAUGAACCAGUGCUGGGUUGCCUAGUUGGUGGAGUAGCAGAGGGAACAAGCGAAAAGCAGAAACCACACGCUGGUGAAGCGGUAGCAGACUUGCUGUCAAGCCACACCAUUUUCUUUUAGAGUCCAGAUCUAUUGCAUAGUUGCCUUGCUCUUUCCCUCCUGCUGUGGACAUUCUUCCUGUCAACAAACAGGCCUGCUGCUGACCUGCCAGUGGAAUGUCAAGAAUGGGCCUCAGUCCCCGACCUCCUGUUUUUUCAAAGAAGAAAUACGCACAAGCUGCUGAGAACUUUUCAUUUUGAGUAUUGGGGGUUGGGGGAGCCCUUAAUUUGACUAGCUUAUCCAGAAUAGCUCUCCCAGUUUUAGGGGCUGGUAACGGGCACACUUUUUUGUGGACACUGAAAUCACAGAGGCACUUUGUCUGGUCCAUUCUUCAGUACAUCUGUGAGAGAAGGAUUUCCUGUUACAGUUCUUGGGGGCAAACUCACACAUUCACUUGUUCUGCCCUGUCCCCCAGAUGGUUGCCUUCCUCAUCCAACUCUUUGCCAAGCUUCAGAAUGCUGGCAGAGGCUGCCGGCUUCUGUGUUUUCCAGUAAGUGCUGUCCGUCAACCUGUUAAUCUUAUGAUUUAUUCUAACAGAACCGACCCCUCUUAAGUUGGUGGAUCCGAUUUUCUAAAUCGCAGCACUUAUCAUGUCAGCUGGAAGGGAGUCCAAGUGACUGAAGAGUUCUGGGACCAACCCCCUGUAGAUUUCUACAAGCCCCUCCCCUCCACUUGGGCUAUUACUCACACACGCAUACCAAAACAUUUUCACUGGCAAGGAACAGUCUAUCUCUUUCCCAAAGAUUGUCACCUAUGGAGAUAGUGCUGCUGCUGCCGUCAAGAGAGAAGACAGCUGCCCUAAACGCAGUUGUUUUCCCUUUUGCUGCAGUACUUUGCGAAGAGCUGCUCAAAGGACCACCCCAGCCACCCCCGCGGGGAAAACCCGCCUUGCCUCUUUUCUAAUGCCUGUGAGUGAAUGUGCCAGGAUUCUCAAGGUGCAGACACUCCCAAGCCUGCCAAGGAGCCGGCUUGUGCCUUCCAGCCAAGUGAGCCCGUGCACUGUCAUAAUUCUUUAGCAGCCCUCUGAUCUUGGACAGAUGUGUUUUGCUUUAAUGGAUGUAAGGCUACACACACACACUCUCCAGCAGUGCUGUGGGGGACAGUAUUUCACAUCCACUUUUGUUUUCUGUUGUAUUAGUCCUCUUCAGAAAUGUUGACAAUAAAGCAUUUGUGAUAUGAA